AUGGCGGUGCUUGUGGUGGAGCACCUGAAAGCGCUGACGCAGCUCGCCACAGUCUUGGGGCCGGAGUCACACCUGCUGCAGCCCCACGUGUCGAAGCUGCUCCAGGUCAUCCUGCGAGCACAGGACCUGACCGUGCAGGACAGCUUGCGAGCUGCCGAGGUCCUGGAGAGCGGCGUCCUGCCUGAGCACCUGAAGGCUCGUCUGCGAACGGCCUUAGAAGAGCGACUGCGGUUGCCGAAGCGAGGCGGCAAGGUCCCUCGGCAAGACUGGUGCUCCAUGCCCUUAUACUUGCCGGGUGCGGUGAUGCGGACCCUGACCGGAGAGGAUGGCAUGUUUGUGAAGCUGGACCUGCUCAUGCAGUGGUUGCUCAGCGUGGGCCUUCGGGGCCCCACAGAGCCGACCCUCGGUGUCAUCACUGUCCUAGUGAACCUGUCCCAGAAACCGGCUUUGCUCCAUCCGCAAACAGGACAUGAUCUGUUUUUGCGAUGCAAAGCGAGAGCCAGGCUGUACCUAGACAAAGCCUGCCCUUGGUCCAGCGAGUUCGUGUCGGAGCUCCCUGCGGAUCCACGCGUGCUGCCGUGCCCAAAUGCCUUUUUCCACACGGCUCCGUCGCAGAUCGUCAUGCCACCGGUCUUCGCGGAUUUCCUUCUUCUCUGCAACAGCUUGCCCUUGCGAAGCAACCAUGCCUUGCUGCAAAAGGGUUCGAAGCUUAGCAAGAAGAGCUUGCAGUCUCUGCCCUCGUUUAGCGAGGCACCUCUCCCUGCGCUUGGUCCGCAACUCUCGCUACCAGCUCCGCCUGCACCGCCUCUCGUGCUGUCAGUGCCGACCGCGACAGAGCAGACCCAGCUGCAGAGGCCAGAGGCUGGGCCCUUCAAAGCCGUACUCGAGGAGGUUCGUGUUGCGGAGCCCCUGCUACUGCCGUCGGCUCCUGCUGCUGCGGAAAGCCAAGAAGAGGUGCAGCCAGAGGCGCAGCCCGUCGUGCAGCCGCCGGCUGCUGCUGCUGUGCAGAGGCAGCUACAGGUGCGGCCGGAGGCAGACAGUGCCGACGUGGACGCUUCCGAGAAGCCGCAGGCGAAUUCCAUUGCCAAGAAGCGAAGUUUGUUAGAGUGCGUAGAAGACAUGAAGAAGGCACGCAAGCAGCUGAAGUGUGGCAAGGAGGCUGCAGCUUCUGCGACGAAGCCCACCGAGAGCACGGAUCUGAACGUUGCGCCGACUCGCCGCUGCCGCGAGAAGACGGGGCCUGCGGCAGCCAAGCCCAAGCCG